GGGGAAGUGGGGAAGGUGGAGGGAAGGCCGGGCACAGGGGUGAAGGCCCAGAGACCAGCAGAACGGCAUCCCAGCCACGACAGCCACUUUGCUCUGUCUGCUCUCCGCCACGGCCCUGCUCUGUUCCCUGGGACACCCCCGCCCCCACCUCCUCAGGCUGCCUGAUCUGCCCAGCUUUCCAGCUUUCCUCUGGAUUCUGGCCUCUGGUCAUCCCUCCCCAUCCUCUCUCCAAGGCCCUCUCCUGGUCUCCCUUCUUCUAGAACCCCUUCCUCCACCUCCCUCUCUGCAGAACUUCUCCUUUACCCCCCACCCCCCACCACUGCCCCCUUUCCUUUUCUGACCUCCUUUUGGAGGGCUCAGCGCUGCCCAGACCAUAGGAGAGAUGUGGGAGGCUCAGUUCCUGGGCUUGCUGUUUCUGCAGCCGCUUUGGGUGGCUCCAGUGAAGCCUCUCCAGCCAGGGGCUGAGGUCCCGGUGGUGUGGGCCCAGGAGGGGGCUCCUGCCCAGCUCCCCUGCAGCCCCACAAUCCCCCUCCAGGAUCUCAGCCUUCUGCGAAGAGCAGGGGUCACUUGGCAGCAUCAGCCAGACAGUGGCCCGCCCGCUCCCGCCCCCGGCCAUCCCCUGGCCCCCGGCCCUCACCCGGCGGCGCCCUCCUCCUGGGGGCCCAGGCCCCGCCGCUACACGGUGCUGAGCGUGGGUCCCGGAGGCCUGCGCAGCGGGAGGCUGCCCCUGCAGCCCCGCGUCCAGCUGGAUGAGCGCGGCCGGCAGCGCGGGGACUUCUCGCUAUGGCUGCGCCCAGCCCGGCGCGCGGACGCCGGCGAGUACCGCGCCGCGGUGCACCUCAGGGACCGCGCCCUCUCCUGCCGCCUCCGUCUGCGCCUGGGCCAGGCCUCGAUGACUGCCAGCCCCCCAGGGUCUCUCAGAACCUCCGACUGGGUCAUUUUGAACUGCUCCUUCAGCCGCCCUGACCGCCCAGCCUCUGUGCAUUGGUUCCGGAACCGGGGCCAGGGCCGAGUCCCUGUCCGGGAGUCCCCCCAUCACCACUUAGCGGAAAGCUUCCUCUUCCUGCCCCAAGUCAGCCCCAUGGACUCUGGGCCCUGGGGCUGCAUCCUCACCUACAGAGAUGGCUUCAACGUCUCCAUCAUGUAUAACCUCACUGUUCUGGGUCUGGAGCCCCCUACUCCCUUGACAGUGUACGCUGGAGCAGGUUCCAGGGUGGAGCUGCCCUGCCGCCUGCCUGCUGGUGUGGGGACCCGAUCUUUCCUCACUGCCAAGUGGACUCCUCCUGGGGGAGGCCCUGACCUCCUGGUGACUGGAGACAAUGGCGACUUUACCCUUCGACUAGAGGAUGUGAGCCAGGGCCAGGCUGGGACCUACACCUGCCAUAUCCGUCUGCAGGAACAGCAGCUCAAUGCCACUGUCACAUUGGCAAUCAUCACAGUGACUCCCAAAUCCUUUGGGUCACCUGGAUCCCUGGGGAAGCUGCUUUGUGAGGUGACUCCAGUAUCUGGACAAGAACGCUUUGUGUGGAGCUCUCUGGACACCCCAUCCCAGAGGAGUUUCUCAGGACCUUGGCUGGAGGCACAGGAGGCCCAGCUCCUUUCCCAGCCUUGGCAAUGCCAGCUGUACCAGGGGGAGAGGCUUCUUGGAGCAGCAGUGUACUUCACAGAGCUGUCUAGCCCAGGUGCCCAACGCUCUGGGAGAGCCCCAGGUGCCCUCCCAGCAGGCCACCUCCUGCUGUUUCUCACCCUUGGUGUCCUUUCUCUGCUCCUUUUGGUGACUGGAGCCUUUGGCUUUCACCUUUGGAGAAGACAGUGGCGACCAAGAAGAUUUUCUGCCUUAGAGCAAGGGAUUCACCCUCCGCAGGCUCAGAGCAAGAUUGAGGAGCUGGAGCAAGAACCGGAGCUGGAGCCGGAACCGGAGCCCGAGCUGGGGCCCGAGCCCGAGCCCGAGCCGGAGCAGCUCUGACCUGGAGCUGAGGCAGCCAGCAGAUCUCAGCAGCCCAGUCCAAAUAAACUCCCUGUCAGCAGCAA